AUGGCUGCAAGUCGCUGGUUACCUUUAAUGUCAUUCGUACUUCGCUCUAGUUUUCGUUUUUCUGCAUUCCAAAGUAUCAGAAAUUCGCAUACACUGUGGUAUCCUGAUGCAAAGUUCUUGCGGGAAUUUAAAAAAGCAAGUGUUUUGGGUCAUGUUUGGGCGCCAAAAACGAUACAAUAUGAGGAAGAGAUCGGUCUAAGUGCCAUAUUAGAAAAAUAUCUCGAAAAACCUGGCAUAUCAGAUAUUCCUGAACUGCAUGAAAAACCAUUACACUAUUAUCUUCUGAACUUUGGUCCACAGCAUCCUGCUGCUCAUGGUGUAUUGCGAUUGAUUUUGGAGUUAGAUAGUGAGAUUGUCGUAAAAGCAACUCCUCAUAUUGGACUAUUGCAUCGGGCUACAGAAAAGCUUAUUGAAUACAAAACAUAUACACAGGCACUGCCAUAUUUUGAUCGGUUGAAUUAUGUGACGAUGCUUACGAAUGAACAAGGCUUCGCACUUGCUGUCGAAAAAUUGCUUGGGAUUGAAAUACCAGUUCGAGCUAAGUGGAUUCGAAGUAAGCUUAUUUUUUUCAUCAGUUUGACGGUUUCUGGACAUUUCAAUUCAUUAUUCCUACAAUUCACAGCUUUGUAUACUGAACUGAAUCGAAUCGCGAAUCAUGCAUUCAGUAUUGUGACGCAUGCUCUUGAUGUUGGUGCUAUGACGCCUUUGUUUUGGAUGUUUGAAGAACGUGAAAAGUUGUUUGAAUUUAAUGAAAGAGUAUCAGGGGCAAGAAUGCAUGUUAAUUAUAUAAGACCUGGAGGAGUGGCCUGGGAUUUGCCUCUGGGUUUGCUUGACGAUAUAUACUAUUGGGCUCUUCAGUUUCCUCAGCGUAUUGAUACAGUUGAAGAUAUGCUUACGGAAAAUCGACUUUGGAAAAGUCGUACAGUUGAUAUCGGUUUGAUAUCAGCAGAAACUGCUCGGAACUUGGGAUUCUCAGGUGUUAUUUUGCGUGGAUCUGGAAUCAAAUAUGAUGUGAGAAAAGCACAUCCAUAUGAGGUUUACGAUCAAAUUGAGUUCGAUAUUCCUAUUGGUACAAAAGGCGACUGUUAUGAUCGGUACCUGUGCCGAGUUGAGGAGAUGCGUCAAAGUCUACGAAUUAUUCUCGAAUGUUUGAACAGAAUGCCUGAAGGAGACGUAAAAGUGGAUGAUCACAAGGUCGCACCACCGAAGCGAAAUGAAAUGAAGAAGAAUAUGGAGUCGCUUAUACAUCAUUUUAAAUUUUUCACUGGGGGUUUUCAAGUACCACCUGGUAGAUCUUAUGUACCUAUAGAAGCUCCCAACGGUGAAUAUGGUACUUACGUGGUUUCAGAUGGAUCGUCGAGGCCAUAUCGAUGCUUCAUUAGAGGACCAGGAUUUGCUCACUUGGCAGGAUUACAUGAUGUAGUAUAUAUGAGUAUGAUUUCUGAUGUUGUCGCAGUGAUCGGUUCAAUGGAUGUUGUUUUUGGUGAAGUAGAUCGCUGA